CUCCCCUGCAGCGCAGGAUGAAACCGCUGGCAUCCUGCCUGGGCCUGUGGCUCCUCUUCCAGCUCCCUGCCCUGGUCUCUGGGACGCGUGUGGUCUACAAAGUGCAGGAGGAACAACCCCCCAACACCCUCAUAGGGAGCCUGGCCUCCGACUACGGCUUUCCGGGGCACCUCUACAAGCUGGAAGUAGGGGCCCCGUACUUACGUGUAGAUGGCAAGACUGGGGACAUCUACACCACAGAGACCUCCAUUGACCGGGAGAGCUUGCGUGAGUGCCAGCACCUCCUGCCCGGCCAGCCCUGUUUCCUGGAGUUCGAAGUGUCCAUCACUGACCUGAUCCAGAACAGCAGCCCACGCCUGCUCGAGGGGCAGAUAGAGGUGCUUGAUAUCAAUGACAACACCCCCAACUUUGCCUCGCCAGUUCUCACCCUCUCCAUCCCUGAAAAUUUUUCCAUCCCCAUGGCCAUGGACCGGGACUCAGGUCCCAAUGGUGUUGCUUCCUACGAGCUGACGGCUGGUCCGGAGGCACAGGAGCUCUUUGGGCUGCAAGUGGCAGAGGAUCAGGACGAGAAGCAGCCACAGCUGAUCGUCAUGGGGAAUCUAGACCGGGAGCAGUGGGACUCCUAUGAUCUGACCAUCAAGGUGCAGGAUGGAGGCAACCCGCCACGGGCGAGCAGUGCCCUGCUUCGCAUCACCAUCCUGGACAUGAACGACAACGCGCCCAAAUUUGAGAAGGCCCUGUACGAGGCAGAGCUCUCCGAAAACAGCCCCGUGGGACACUCAGUCCUUCAGGUAAAAGCCAAUGACUCGGACCAGGGCGCCAAUGCCGAAAUAGACUACUCCUUCCAUCAAGCCUCAGACAUGGUGCGCCGGCUGCUGCGCCUAGACCGCGCCACGGGGCUCAUCACCGUGCAGGGGCCCAUCGACCGCGAGGACAUCAACAUCCUCAAGUUCUCCGUGAUGGCCAAGGACAAGGGGGCCAACCCCAAGAGCGCCCGCACGCAGGUGGUGGUCACCAUCAAGGACAUGAAUGACAACGCACCCUCCAUAGAGAUUCGGGGCAUUGGGCUUGUCACCCACCAGGAUGGCAUGGCCAACAUCUCGGAGGAUGUGCCAGUAGAGACAGCAGUGGCUCUGGUGCAGGUGUCCGACCGAGACGAGGGUGAAAAUGCCGUGGUAACCUGCGUGGUGGCUGGCGAUGUCCCGUUCCAGCUGCGGCAGGCUAGUGAAACAGGAAGCGACAGCAAGAAGAAAUAUUUCCUGCAGACCACCACGCCACUGGACUACGAGUCGGUGAAGGACUACACCAUUGAGAUUGUGGCAGUGGACUCGGGGAACCCGCCCCUCUCCAGCACUAACUCUUUGAAGGUGCAAGUGGUGGAUGUGAAUGACAAUGCGCCUGUCUUCAGCCAGAGCUUCACCGAGGUGGCCUUCCCUGAGAACAACGAGCCUGAUGACCUGGUGAUGGAGGUGAGUGCCAGCGAUGCCGACAGUGGCUCCAAUGCCAAGCUGGUUUACUCUCUGGUGACAGACCCUUCCUCCAAGGGCUCCUUCACCAUUGACCCUGACUCUGGGGAGAUCCGGGUGAAGGCGGUGCUGGACCGAGAGCAGCGGGAACGCUACGAGUUCUUGGUGGUGGCGGCAGACAAGGGCAGUCCCAGCCUCAAGGGCACAGCGUCUGUGGCCAUCAAUGUCAUGGACAGGAAUGACAACGACCCCAAGUUCAUGCUGAGCGGCUACAACUUCUCAGUGAUGGAGAACAUGCCGCCCCUCAGCCCUGUGGGCAUGGUGACGGUGAUUGAUGCUGACAAAGGAGAAAACGCCCGCAUCCAGCUGUCCGUGGAGCAAGACAACGGGGAUUUCGUCAUCCAGAAUGGCACUGGCACCAUCCUCUCCAGCAUCUCUUUUGACCGGGAGCAGCAGAGCACGUACACUUUCCGACUCAAGGCGGUGGAUGGUGGGGAUCCUCCCAGGUCUGCCUAUGUGGGGGUGACAAUCAACGUCUUGGAUGAGAAUGAUAACGCCCCCUUCAUCACUUCACCCUCCAAUGCCACCUACAAACACAUCCUGCCCCACACAAGCCCUGGCCAGCAGGUCAGCAAGGUCAAGGCAGAGGACAUUGACUCUGGUGUCAAUGCAGAGCUGACCUACAGCAUCACAGGAGGCAACCCCUUUGAGCUCUUCCAGAUCUCCCCGCACAGCGGAGACAUCACCCUGGAGAAGGAGAUCCUGCGCAAGCACCAUGGCCUGCACCGCUUGGUCGUGCGUGUCAACGACAAGGGCAAGCCCUCGCGGCACGGCACGGCGCUGGUGCACUUCUACGUCAACGAGACGCUGGCCAACCGCACACUGCUGGACACGCUGGUGGGGCACAGCCUGGACACGCCGCUUGACAUAGACAUUGCUGGAGACCCCGAAUACGAGCGCAGCAAGCAGCGGAGCAACAUCCUCUUCGGAGUCAUCGCCGGCAUCGUGGCCGUCACCCUGGUCAUCGUGCUGGUCGUCCUGGUGCGCUACUGCCGGCAACGGGAGGCCAAGAGCGGCUACCAGGCAGGCAAGAAGGAGACCAAGGACCUGUAUGCGCCCAAGCAGGCCAGCAAGAGCGGUAAGAGCAAAAGCAAGGUGAAGAAGAGCAAGUCUCCGAAGCCACCCAAGCCCACGGAGGAUGAGGAGGAGACAGGACUGCAGAAAUCGCUCAAGUUCAACCUCAUGAACGACUCUGUCAGUGACAGCCCCCGAAUCCACCUGCCCCUCACCUACCCGCCGGGCAGCCCAGACCUGGGUCGCCACUACCGCUCUAACUCACCGCUGCCCUCUAUCCAGCUGCAGCCUCAGUCGCCCUCUGCCUCCAAGAAGCACCAAGUGGUGCAGGACCUGCCGGCCACCAACACCUUUGUUGGCACCGGGGACAACAGCUCGACGGGCUCCGAGCAGUACUCGGACUACAGCUACCGCACCAAUCCCCAGAAAUACACCAACAAGCAGGUAGGAGAGCUCAUCCUGAGGCCGGCAGCGGCCCCCCCGCUGCACCGGGGAGCCAUCUGGACAGAGGUGUGGGAGUGA